AGCCGAAGAAGAAGAAGAAGACGGAAGUGUUAGCGGCUAACUGUUAGCAGACGGGGAUCCAAACAGCUGGUUAGCAUUUAGGCUAUGAGGCUAGCAGGUCCGCAGUGUUUCUGCUGUGUGUUACAAUGGCAGCUCACCAAAAACACCAGCUCUGAUGCUACAGUCAAACAAUGCGGGUUAAUUAAUUAAUUAGAUAAUUAUUCAUUCAAUUAUUGCUAACGGCUAGUUAGCACAGUUAGCUGCGCUCCCAACAACAACAACAACAGCAGCAACAGCAGUGUUUCACGUCAAAAAAACGUCAAUUUAAAAUAAAUCCAAAUGGAAACAAACGUGCCGAAAAGACGAGACAACAAGAAAUCACUUCGUGUGAAGGUAAUAAGUCUCGGAAAUGCGGAGGUCGGAAAGAGCUGCAUCAUCAAACGCUACUGUGAGAAGAGGUUCGUUCCCAAGUAUUUGGCCACGAUCGGUAUUGAUUACGGAGUCACCAAAGUUCAGGUUCGCGACAGAGAAAUCAAAGUGAACAUCUUCGACAUGGCUGGUCAUCCUUUCUUCUACGAGGUGCGUAACGAGUUCUAUAAGGACAGUCAGGGGGUUCUGCUGGUGUAUGACGUCGGUCUCCGGGAGAGCUUCGACGCUCUGGACAGCUGGCUCGGCGAGAUGAAACAGGAAAUGGGUUCUCAGGCCAACAUGGACAGCAUCGUGUUCGUCGUCUGCGCCAACAAGGUGGACCUGACGAAGCGGCGCGUGGUGGACGAGGGCGAGGGCCGUCUGUGGGCGGAGUCUCGGGGGUUUCAUUACUUCGAGACGUCGGCUCAGAGCGGAGAGGGCAUCAACGAGAUGUUCCAGGCGUUCUUCUCGUCCAUCACCGACAUGUGUGAGAACGGCGGGAAGCGUCCGGUGUCCGAGGUCAGCGCCGGCUUCACCAAAGAGCAGGCCGACACCAUCCGACGCAUCCGCAACAGCAAAGACUCCUGGGAUAUGUUGGGCGUCAAACCCGGAGCCACGCGGGAGGAAGUGAACAAGGCGUACAGGAAGCUGGCGGUGCUGCUCCACCCGGACAAAUGCGUCGCCCCCGGCAGCGAAGACGCCUUCAAGGCCGUGGUGAACGCUCGCACGUCACUGCUGAAGAACAUCAAAUAACACAAACACACACCUGAAGCCUCUCGGAGAGAUCGGACCUGUUUCCUGUCGCCGUAACAACAGCGUUUAUUUAUUCACAUAUUUAUUUAACGUGAACGUCUCGUGUGCCAUGUCGCUCGCCAACAGUGCUGUUUGCCAACCUGACGUCUGGAUUAAAGCCAGUUCUGACUUCUGUUCUACGUUUUAUCUCUAAACUGGUGUGUUAGCGAGAGAGAGGGAGUGUACGGAAGAUGAUGAAGGCCACGUGGGGAAAAAAAAGAAGAAUUUGUCAAAAAAAAAAAUUAUGAUUAUGUGAAAAAAAUUAAAUUAUCUAAAUGUCAGAAUUAGGAGGAAGUCAUAAUUCUAAAAAUAAAGUGAGAAUCUGAAUGUAAUUUGAUUAAAAAAGUUGUAAAUCUAUGGGAAAAUUCUUGUAAAAUGUAAAUAUUUUUACAAGGUGUAAUUCUUACAAAAUAGUUUUAACUCUGAAAGUCAGAUUUUGCAAUUAAAAGUCAAAUUCUGAAAUUAACAAUUGGAGAUUAAACUGAGAUGAAAGAAUUUUACUUUUCAGUCAUAAAUCUGAGUACGGGAUGUUAAACGUGAAGAAAUCAUAACUAUAAAACUAAGGUUUUUAAGAAUCCUUGAAUUUAAGUCAGAACUUUUGAGUUUAAAAUCAAAACUCUGAUUAAAAAUGUUAAAAUUACUUUAAAAAUGUCAGAACUUUUUAGAAAAUGUUAUGAUUCAAACUCUGAGAUAGAAGUCAACAUUAAUUACUGUCAGAAGUUUUAAAGGUUGUAAUUAUGAGAAAAGUUAUGUUAAAGUUACAGUCAUAAUUAUAAUUAUAAUAUAAUAAUCAAUACAUUCUAAACAUCUGAGAUUAAAGUCAACGUUUGAAAUUGAUGUGGAAUUCUGAGGGUAAAAUAUUACCUGAGAAAUAAAAUGCUCAAAGAAAAAAAAUUUAAAUUUGAGGAAAAGCCGAAACAAUAACGUCACAAUUCUGAGAUUAAAGAGUUUUUAUUUUUCAGUUUUUCCUAAAAAAAAAAUUAAUAAUAACUUUUUUUUCACAUGGCCGUCAUCAUCUUCCAUACAUGGUGUGUGGUUUUGAGUUGAGGAGUGUGUGUGUGUGUGCAGUUGAUGUUGAUGACGUCAGCAGAGCAGCAGGUCAAAGGUCAGCGUUUAACGGUAAAAACACGUUCAAAACAUCUGAGUUUUUUAAAAGCUGAACAACAACAAGCAACAGCUUCAAAUCCAGUCGGAAAUGUUACAAACGAGUCCAAACAUUUUUAUUAAAUGUGACUUUUAUUCAGUGUAAAGUAAUUUAUUUAAAUCAUAAAACAAGUUACCGACGUGUCACAGAUCCACUUUUAAUGCCUGGUUGCCAAAUAAAUGAAAGUUAACAGUGUGUUAUAAUCAAAAAAUGCAUGUUUAAUGUUAAAAAUACUCCUAAACUUGUAUACAAAUCUGCCAAAACACUCGAUGCAGUUAUGACAGAGAUCUCUGACCGAACUGAAACCAAGAGGUCUUAAAUGGGACGGACUGUUAGUUUACUGAUCUGACUUCCUGUGUGAUUGAACACUGGUCUGUUAGAAACCAUCAGCUGCUGAUACUGGAUGGGUGGCGUUGGCAUCAUCUGCUGUAAUUUGUUCCCUCAAAAUCCUUAUUUAUUUUCUCCAAUGACUGAUUAUAAACUGACCAAUCAGAUUGUCAGUUUUACCUUUUACAUUUCUAAUUUGCUCCCUUAAAACUGCUAAAUUGUGCACCUGAAUUACAACUUUUUUCUCCUUGAAUAAUCCCAUAAUACUUGAACAUGACCUUAGGUGACUGAUCUGUGCCCUCAAACUGUCAAUUUAUUUCAUUUAACUUUUAAUUUGUUUCUUCAAAUUGUGAAAUUUUGCCCUGAAAUUCCUACUUUUAUCUCUUUCUCUCAAAUUCAUAAUUUGUUCCCUAAAGUGACAGAUUGGUUCCCUUAUUUGUGCCCUCAAGUUGUCAAUUUGUGCCAUUACAUUUCUACAUAGUUUGUUUCCUCCAAUUGCUAAUUUGUUCCCUCAGAUUCCUUUUUUUCCUCCCAAACUCCUAAUUAGUUCCCUCAAGUGACUAAUUUAUUCCCUCCAAAUGUCAAGCUGUUACCUCGUUAGUUCCCUCAAGUGAUUUAAGUUCUCUAAAAAGACUAGUUUGCAGUCUCUAAUGUAAACUGUGACCUUAUUAUCCAAAUACUUCAUUUGUUCCCUGAAAUAACUUGAUACCUGAAAUUAUUUAGGUCCCAUUUUUUUCUCAAGUACUUCAUUUGUUCCCUUCAGUAACUAAUUAGUUCCCUUGAGUGAUGUAUUUGUGCCCUCAAAGUGUCAAUUUAUUUUAUUAAAUUCAGAAUUUCUUCACACAAAAAAAUUGCCCUUAAAUGUACAUUGUUCCCUCAUGAUAAUACAAAAUACGUCAUUUGUUCCCUGAAAUAACUAACACUGUAUGUUCCCUUAAGUGACUAAAUAUGCCAUCAAACUGAUCAUUUGUUUAAUUUCAUUUCUAAUUUGUGCCGGCAAAUUGUUUUUUUUUUCUCUAAAAUGCAUAAUUAGUUCCCUUAAGUGACUGAUUUGUUCCCUCAAACUGCCAACAGGUUCCCUCAAGUUGUUCUUUAUUAAAAUGAUUUUGUGCCCUGAAUGGUAAACUUGACAGUCACAGUUGUUACCCUUAAUUUGUUACCUCAGAAUAUCUUUUAUUUAUUAACUGUGAGUUAUAAUUCAACCCCUCAAAUUACCACAUUUGUUCCCUGAUUUACUUAUUCGCUGUAAAAGGAAAAACAAAAGUUAUUUAAGUUGCUCUUUUUUGGCAAAUAACUGAAAAAAUAUCAGCAGCUCUUAUUAAACUGCAGUUUGUCUUCCAGACUUCCUUCACCUGAACAAGAAAGUUUACAUGAUGAUGAUGAUGAUGAUGAUGAUGAUGUUGGGACAUUUUAAUCCAGAUGUUGAACAAAAAGAAAAAGUUUUUAAUACUUCUCUCUGUGUACGAUAGAAGUAGAAACGUCUUGUUAAAGCAGAAAAAAAAAGUUGUUUGAUACUGUAAAGAACUGACAGACAGCAUGAAUAUGUGAUCAUAGUUUUAUAUUUUUACAUACGUAUAUCCACAGGAACCAACAUGUGUAGGAAACACGCGAGCUGAGAUUCCACUUGUCGAUUUUAAUGUGAUUUUUUUUAACAAAGAUUGAAAUGUUUACAUGUUUUUGGGUCUUUAGAUUAAACAAAUUUAAGGUUGCUGUUUGUCUCACAGAUGUGGCACUGUUAGCUGUGCUUUUCCAUUUUAAGACUACAUUUCCCAUCAGCCCUUUUGCUUCUUGUCUCGUAAUAUAUAUCAGUAAAUUAAUGUUAAAUUAUAGUGAUGGUAGACUAACACAAAGAGCAGAUUAAUGCAUUUAGCAUGAAAAACAACAACAAUAAAUUAAGUAAU